AGUUUCAAUCUUUUGUACGAGAAGAAAUUGGGUUUUUCUAUAAUUCUGAUUGUAUGGUCUGGCAAUGCCGCGCGUAGUGAGGUGAACAACCUCCGAAGCUAUGUGCAAAUCAAAGAAGAAGCUUACCGGAGCAGCGGUCCAGCCUUCGCCGAAGAAGAAGAAUACUCCUUCGAUCUCUCGGAACUCUUCCUCGCCGGCGCCGCCCGCCGGAAAACCGCCGCCGUUCGAUCCUUCCUUGUCGACGAGUGGCCAAAUCAUAAGCUCCACCGCUUCGACCUCGAGCUUUUAUAUAAACUACAAGGAUUCACAGUCGUGGAGAUCUUCGCGAUCGAGCAGGAGAGAUUCCCUCUCGAGUCUCCGGGAGGCUCUCCCGGAGCAGACUCUCAUCUAUGAUUUCGCCGAAAUUCGCUCCGCCACGGAUAACUUCUUACUCACGCCUUUAUCCUCUUCCUCCACAUCCACUACGUGGCGCUGCGUGGUCCGCGGCCAGAAUGUCGUCAUUAUCCAGAGGAAGUUCCGCCGCCCGAUUGAAACGCCGGAGCUCAUCGACCGGGUGGCGAUGAUAUGCAGAAGCCAUCACUCCAGCUUAAUUCCGCUCAAAGGAGUCUCGAUUUCCGGGAAUUAUAUUUAUUUAGUCUACGAGUAUAUCCAUGGAGCUAAUCUUCGUGACGUUCUCAGAAACCCCCGAAACCCUAAUUUCACGGUGCUCUCUAAUUGGAUGCAGAGACUUCAGAUUGUUUCCGAUAUUGCUUCCGGACUCGAUUAUAUUCACAAUUCUGCCGGUCUAGGUUUCGACUUCAUUCACAAUCACAUCAAGAGCUCGAGCAUUAUCGUCACGGAGCCUUCCCUGAGCGCCAGAAUCUGCCACUUCGGCACGGCGGAGCUUUGCGGUGAGAUCGCGAAGAGGAGCGUCGAAUCUGAACUGGAAAUUGAACCGAAUAGCGCGAGUUUGAAGCGAUCUAACAGCAAAGUGAUGAAGUUCGAAGGUACCAGAGGGUACAUGGCGCCGGAAUUCCAGUCCACGGGAGCCGUGUCGCAGAAAUCCGACGUGUACGCCUUCGGCGUUGUGGUGCUGGAGCUAUUGUCGGGGUCGGAGGCGUUGAAGUACAUUGUUGAUGAGGAGACCGGAGGCUACGCGAGAAUCUCAGUGAUCGAGACGGCGAGAGCGGCGUUGGACGACGGCGGACUGAGAGGCUGGGCGGACCGCCGGCUGAGGGAUUCGUAUCCGGUGGAUGUGGCGGAGAAGUUGGUGCGCUUAGCGCUGGAAUGCCUGGAUCAUGACCCGAAUGUCAGGCCGGAUAUGGGUCAUGUUGCGGUUCGGGUCUCUCAGAUGUAUUUGGACUCUCAGACUUGGGCCGACAAGAUUGGGCUUCUCACUGACUUCACCGUUUCCCUUGGACCUCGGUGACUAUAUUUUUUUCCAAUUUGACUGUAUUUUUUCCAGUAAAUAGUUAAUAAAAAUUGCAAUACCAUUU